UCCUCUUUCCCACCACACUAGCUCGUCGCUCUUUCGCGACCGACUCGCACGACCCGCACGCGACCGUCCGAUAUGUCCGUCAACGAGAAGGCUACGGCCGCGACGUUCGCGCCUGAGAAGGCAGAGGCGCCCAUCGACCUGUCGAAGAAGGCGCGCGAUGACGACGAGACGUUCGUCGACACCGAGUCGCUCGUCUCCGACAUCACCCUCACGGCCAAGCGCGAGGGCAUCAAGCCGGCCUUCCUCGCCAAGGUCGAGGUGCUCAACAAGGCCAUUGCGGAGAUUGGAAUGGGCAGAUAUCAGUAUGAGCUGUUCUUCUCCGCUGGGUUCGGCUGGUUCGCCGACAACAUUUGGCUCCAGGGCAUCGCCAUCAUCAUGCCCGCCGUCGCCAACGAGUGGCGCGGCUACCCCGAGGUCCGUCUCGCCACGCUGGCGCUCUACGUCGGUCUCAUCAUCGGCGCGACGUUCUGGGGCUGCUCGUGCGACAUUAUUGGCCGCCGCCUCGCGUGGAACUGCACCCUUGUUAUCGGCGGCAUCUUCGGUAUCGCUGCCGGCGCGACCAACAACUUCACUGCGUUCGCCGCCAUGAUUGCGUGCUGUGGUUUCGGUGUGGGCGGUAACAUGCCCGUUGACGGCACAAUGUUCCUCGAGUUCCUCCCCGGAAAGCAGCAGUACCUCCUCACGCUCCUCUCGGUGUGGUGGGCUGUCGGCCAGGUCGUCGCGUCGCUCAUCGCGUGGGCGUUCCUCGCGCGCUGGGGCUGCGAGACGCCCAAGGCCGGCACCUUCUGCACCAAGGAGUCCAACAUGGGCUGGCGCUACACCUACUACACGCUCGGCGCGAUGAUGAUCUUCCUGUGGGCGCUCCGUUUCUUCGUCAUGCCCGUGUACGAGUCGCCCAAGUUCCUCGCCUCGAUCGGCAAGGACGCGGCGGCCGUCGACAUCAUCCACAAGAUCGCCAAGCGCAACGGCAAGGAGAGCAGCCUCACGGUGCAGGACCUCGAGCGCGCCGCGUCCCCCUACCUCUCCGCCGAGGAGAAGGGCAAGGUCGAGACCAAGUUCUCGACCAUGGAGCUGCUCAAGAACUCGUUCGAGGACGUGUCGUUCGAGCACGUCCGCGCGCUCUUCUCGACCCCGCGCCUCGCCCUCUCCACCUCGCUCAUCACCCUCUGCUACGCGUCUCUCGGCCUCGCGUACCCCCUGUACAACGGUUUCCUCGGCACCUACCUCGCGCAAAAGUACCAGGACAUUGGCAACAUGAACCUCAGCGACACGUACGCCAGCUACACGUACCAGGCGGCAUGCGGUAUUCCCGGCUCGAUCCUUGCCGCGUUCAUGGUCGACUGGAGCCGGUCGGGCCGCAAGCUCGCCAUGGCCUCGUUUACCCUGCUCGCCGGCAUCUUCCUGUUCGCGCUUACCCAGGCCAAGACGCAGGUGCAGGUCAACGCUCUGACCUCGAUUGCGGCAUUCUUUGAGAACGCGUUCUACGGCGUGCUGUACGGCUACGCUCCCGAGCUCUUCCCCACGCCUUCGCGCGGCACAGGUGACGCCAUCUGCUCGGCCGCGUCGCGCGUCACCGGUCUGUUCGCGCCCAUUAUCGCCGUCUACUCCAAGGCUGGCCUGACGCCCAACGGCCCCGUGUACGCUUCGGCCGGCAUCUUUGUGGCCACUGCCUUUAUCAUGCUCGCACUCCCUGUCGAGACUCGUGGCAGGACAGCCCUCUGAGCGAAUGGCCUGCUCAUGGGUUGCGUCGCGCUCGCAUAAACCAAAACAAACAAACACAAAACCAUACUAUAUCCGCGGCCUUCAACCGGCGCCAUUAAUCUUGCUUAAAACACACUGUAGCAGUUCAACACUUUGGGAUGUAGCGGUCACUCGGUCA